UUUAUUUUUUAAAAAAAAGAAGAAGAAACUACUCUGACUCAAACCGUAGAAGAAGAAAGUCGUCACACAUGCGCAGUGUGUUUUCCGGUGAUAAAGAAGAUGGCGGCGCCCGUGGACCUGGAGCUGAAGAAGGCAUUCUCUGAACUGCAGGUGAAGAUGAUUGACACCCAGCAGAAGGUGAAAAUGGCCGACCUGCAGAUCGAUCAGCUGACCCGUGUCCAGAAACAUGCUAAGCUAACGCACGCUGAGAUCUCGCUGCUCCCUGACAACACGAGACUCUACGAGGGUGUCGGACGCAUGUUCAUUCUGCAGUCCAAGGAGGAGAUCAACAAUCAGCUGACAGACAAACAGAAAACAGCUGAUGAGAAAAUCAAGGAGUUUGAGCAAAAGAAGGUGUACCUUGAACGCAGCGUGAAAGAAGCUGAAGACAACAUCAGAGAGAUGCUGCUGUCCAGGAGAGCUCAGUGAUGUCAUCGUAACGAUUAAUGUGUUUAUUAAAGUCUGGAUUCUCCUGA